AUGUCUGCUGCUUCGAUUGAAUCUAGCGCUUCAGUUCUACGCCAACGUGCUCUUUUUUCUUCGGUGAAUCCUCCACCCAUGCUCGUAGCAACUCAACUCAGCGCGAUCAAGAUAAUCGUCCACGUGGUAGCCCGUCCCGAUCACGAUCUCGUUCCAUCCCGCGUUCGCGUACACGCUCAGCUUCCAGGAUUCGGUCUUGCAGCCGUUCGCCAAACGUGGUUGCUGCCGCUGAAAAAACGUUUAACAUUUCUGCCUCUAAAUCCCGUCAGGUUCCUGGAUGAGUCCAUGGAAAGAAAGUGGCUGAGAGCCAAGAACCUGCCUAAAUUGAAAGACUUUCAAGAGACUAUGUUGAAGUCAAUUCAAUAUCAGAUGAUGGACUCAAUGCGGCCAAUGCUGCAUGCCUGGAACCAGAUGAGAGUGGACGAUCCGUUAUUGAACAGUGUAGAAUCAUCUCUCCGUUUAAUGGGCUCUGCGUUUGCAAAUGUUUCCAAAUUGCGACGUGAAAAUGUGAUUCGCCAUGUAGCCCUGUCCAUGAAACCAUUGCUGAAGGACCCACGGGCAUUCUCUUCUCGUGAGUGUGAGCGUUUGUUUGGCUCAAAAUUCAUAGACGUCAUGGUAAAAGAAGUUGAUGACGACGCCAAGUUGACGAAAAUCGGACGCGAUGGCGGUCCCUCGCACAGCCAGAAUGGUGGCAAUUCCAAUCGGCGCAAUGGCGGCCGCAUUCAAAGCUCGUACGUCAGCCGUAAAAACCAGAGUAGUGGUUUCAACAAAGGCGGGAAGAGCGACAAGGGGAACCCCUACUUCAGGCAGAUGGCCCAGGGCGCCAACAACAGGUAUGUCUGUUCUUCUCAUGGUUUCACACCCCCUAUUUUUCUGAAAAUGUCUCCCAUUCAGUCACAUGUUGGGGGUCGUUUGAGAAAAUGCGCAGACGCAUGGCUCUCUCUUUCUGAUGAUCAAUGGAUCUUGUCUACAGUCAAUCACGGUUAUGCCAUUGACUUUGUUAAACCCCCCGUCCAACAUUUCACCCCUUCAGGGUGUAUUAUGUCUAUAGAGAUGGAAAUUGUCUGCGACCAGGAAAUCACAUCUUUACUGGCAAAAGCCCCGCGAGUCUUUACGAAACUUUUAAAACCUGUUGUGGCCUAUUUACGCGAGCGUGGAAUCCGGUUAAUCAUUUACCUUGACGAUUUGCUUAUCUUAAACCAAUCUAGGGAUGACGCUUCCCUUACCGGCUGGGGUGCAGUUUGCGAUGGCUCUCGGUCUCGGGGACCUUGGACAAAGGCCGAUGCAGAUCGGCAUAUUAACGAAUUGGAGCUUUUAGCUGCAUAUUUUUCGUUACAAGCAUUUGCAUACGCCUCAGAAAGAGUCGAGGACGGCGCCCGACUCGAGCGAUUGGAUGCUGCUGCAAGACAGGUUCAAACAACUAUCGAACAUUUAGACUGUACAAAUCGACCUCUUUGCGUCGGCCUGGAACGCUCAGCUUCCCAAUUUCGUGAGUUGGCUACCGCAACCCAAAGCUUCGGCGAUCAACGCAUUCGCAUUGAAUUGGCGGAAGUUCCUCGGCUACGCCUUUCCCCCAUUUGCUCUCAUCCCACGCUGCUUGUCCAAGAUAAAGAAAGAGAAGGCGGAUCUUGUUCUCGUGGGCCCUCUUUGGCCCUCUCAGCCUUGGUUCCCCCUUCUAUUGCAAAUGUCGAUCGAAUUUCCUCGAAUUCUAACCCCGCAUCGACUCUUGUUACACUCGCCAAUGCUAGAGCCACACCCGUUAAUUCAGUCAAAGAAAUUCCUUCUAGUCGCGUGGUAAUUGUCAGGCGACGUUUUGAAAGUAAAGGAUUUUCAAAAGAGACUGUCGACCUUCUCAUGGAAUGUGUCCGUGAGUCCACAACAGCUAGUUACGAGUCCGCCUGGAAGAAUUGGGUUAAUUGGAACCACGAACAGGGUUCGGAUCCCUUGUCUUCUUCUUUGAUAACCAUUCUGCAAUUUCUGACAGAUUUGGCUAAUUCUAAUUCCUCAUACAGUUCCGUCAAUACAUCUCGUUCAAUGCUUUCCUCCACUCUCGACCCCAUUGACGGAUACAAAAUAGGGGAACACCCUACUGUUGUGCAAUUGCUAAAAGGCUGUUUUAAUCGUAAGCCUCCUAAAGCCAGAUAUAAUUCCCUUUGGGAUCCAGAGAUUGUCUUAAUUUAUUUGGACUCCUUGCCCAAUAAUUCCGAUCUCGGUGCCGCUGUCUUAUCUAAAAAAUUAGCCACUUUAUUGGCUCUAGCCACUAUCUCUCGUGUAUCUGAAAUUAUGUCUAUUUCCUUUCAUUCAUUAAGAUUUUCCCCAACAGCAGCCAGUUUCUCCCUCACCCGACCGAAGAAAGCGCAGCACUCGGGUCCACUUAAAUCAUUCGUGCUACCUCGUUUUAAAGGCAAAUGUUGCCCGGUGGAGUGCCUUGUGUCUUAUGUUGCUAUCUCUAGAGAAUGGAGAGAUCCAGACUCGUCUGCUCUCUUUUUGUCAAUUAGAAGACCUCACAAACCAGUCGGUUCGUCUACAUUGGGUCGCUGGAUCAAGACGUGUUUAUCCGACGCUGGUCUAGACCCGUCAUCGUUUUCUGCUCACUCUACCCGCGAUGCUGCUGCCUCUAAAGCUGUAAAGCAAGGUAUCCCGGUGGAUACCGUCCUUAAAACAGCUAACUGGUCGAGAGAAUCGACAUUUCAAAAAUUUUAUCAUCGCGAGUUAGUUGGUACCACGGUAACGGAAGCAGUGUUAACUCAAAUAAGUUCCGAGUGA